UAUUUGCCGAUGACCCCUUCGAUGGUUGUUUCGCUGGACGGUACCAGUUGGAGUAUACAACAGCAACCGCAAGCUCAGCUGCUGGUGGCGGACUCGUUCGCGCAACAGCAACAACGUCAACAGCAACAGAAUCGGAUCGUCUCAUCAAAUCGUCAGACACCAUCAUCGUCGGCAGGUGACCCGCAACAGCAACAGCAGCAGUGCCGCAAAAUGACUGACCAGCGAGAACAGCAACAACAACAACCGCAAUCCCAAACUCAGCAGCAGCAGCAACCGCCUCAACAGCCGCCGCAGACCAAAGGCAAUGAGGAGCCAAAAACGAAUCUAAUUAUCAAUUAUCUUCCUCAAAACAUGAACGAGAAAGAGCUAUACAGUCUGUUUGUGACCAUUGGUCCGGUCGAGUCCUGCCGAGUCAUGAAGGAUUACAAGACUGGUUACAGUUACGGCUUUGGCUUUGUGAACUACGCGAAAGCUGAGGACGCUGCGACGGCGAUAAGCACGUUGAACGGGCUUCAAGUGCAAAAUAAACGUCUGAAAGUGUCGUUUGCCCGGCCUUCUGGGGAGGAAAUUAAAGAAACCAAUCUUUAUGUUACAAAUUUACCUAGAAACAUAACGGAGAGUCAGAUCGAUGAGAUUUUCAGCAAAUUUGGAAAUAUUGUGCAAAAAAAUAUACUGAAGGAUAAACUAACCGGUUUACCGAGAGGCGUAGCAUUUGUGAGAUUUGAUAAAAGGGAGGAAGCUCAGGAAGCUAUCACGCAACUUCAUGGUACAAUACCCGAGGGUGGAUCCGAACCGCUUAGCGUAAAAAUCGCGGAGGAACACGGGAAACAAAAAGCAGCGUAUUACGCGGGUUGGCAAGCCGGAUACAAUCAGAGUCGCGGAUCGAGCGGACUCGGUGGAGUCGGCGGGGGACGGGCUCGGGGCAUCGGCGGGGGCCCGGGGAUGGGCAUGGGCAUUGGUGGCGGCGGCGGAGGCGGCGGCGGCGGUGGCGGCGGCAGCGGUCCGGGUAUGCUGGGCCGAGCGGGCGGAUUCGGGCCACGCGGUGGCGGGCCCCAUGGCGGCGGCAGCAGCGGCGGCUUCCUGGGCGGAGGCGGCGGCGGCGGCGGCGGACCGGGGGCCAUGCGGAUGGAGAAGAUACAUCCGCACCGAUUCAAUCCGAUCGGCAUGGGCGGCGGCGGAGGCGGCAGCUACGUGCAGUCGCACUUCUGGUGACCGUCGCGAUGGCGCCACAGCGGCAACGACGACGGCGACAAUGGUUCGGUUACGAGCACUGUCAUUACGUCGGUCGCUGGCUGAGGCCCUUUUCUCUUCUCGUUCCGUUCGGGACUGUUCAGAUUGUCAUUUGGAGCGUGUCGAGGGCUGAGAAUAGGUCGGGUGAAGACAGUGGAAUCGGAUACCUGCAGAGUGCGUGAAAAAGUAUUUAGCUCGGUCGGUGGGCGCCAAUAAGAAUUUUCUCAAUUGUGAAGGAAUAGAAUAUUUGACAAGUUCUGUUAUUCAACGACGCAUGUUGUCGUUGUUUUAAAGAUUAGUAAAAGAAUGUGCAUUUUAUUAGUGUUAGUGUUGACAUUAAGAUCGAUUGAUUAUUUUUUUCACGAAUUAUUUUUGUAUUUUCGAGAUCGACGGGGGAAAAUUGUUGUAUAGUUCUGUCUUUGAUUUUAAACUGCAAUACUGUACGCUCUUAAUUUAUUCACUUUUAGUAUACUAUUAUAAAAAUUUUUAAUGAUGGCCGUAGUAACUUAUGAUUUAUUUAAACUUACAAUGAUGGUUCGCAGCUACUGCUGCCUUAAUUUUUGGUAUAAAAUUUUCUCGCAUCGCGCAUACGUAUGCACGCGUCGUAUGUGAAGAUAAGCAGAUAUGCGAUUUCAACUGUCUACCCGAUUUUUACUUCUCUUCUUCUACCUCGUGCGAUCGUGAAGCUCAACAGGAAGUAAAAAUCUGCACGUUGUUGCUUUUUACGAUUAUGUAUCUAAAACUGUUUAUGUAAAAUUAUUUGUCAGAACUUUCAAUUAUUGUGAUAUUACUUUUAUUUUGUUUGACAGUAUCGAAAUAUUGUUAAUGAUUGAAAUUUAAUAUAUCAAAUAUUGUUAUAAUUUUGACAUAUAGAAGGGAAAUUUGGCAUUAUAAGGGCAAUUUGACAUUCUAAGGGAAAUUUAUAUUGUAUCACUAUAAUUUAUAUUGUAUCACUAUAAUGAGCCGGACAUCGCUCUAGCUUUACGAUCGCUCGAUCGCUCGAACGUUCAUGGACUAGGUCGUUCCAAUUCGUCAAUGUGCGGCUUAUAUUAUUAUGCAAUAAGAUAAGCGUCAAAUAACGGUGUUCCCGACGAGCUCAUCCCUCGUGUUUCGACGGUUCUGAGGGGGAUGAGACAAUUCCGGGGCGACUGCGUUGUAUAAGAGAGCUAAAAGUUCUACGUGUUGUUGUAGAUUUCAUUUUUUUAAAUGGUUCUAACUUGAAACUUUACGAGACGUUUAAUCAUAAGACAGUUUUAUCGCAACUCGGGAAGUCUUGGGACGGGGAGAUACUAUGACGUUUCCCGUUCGACGCGGCGCUGGAUAUCGGUGGCAAUUCUGUGGCGAACAAAAAUUUGUACAUUUGUGAAAUAUGUUCUUUUUUUCUGUUUAACAACUAGGACCUCGCCUAUUUCGUGGCGAGAAGGAAGUUCUUUCAGGAAAAUCCAAUACCUGCAGCAAAUGAAUUAAUAAUAUUUUUAGUUAAAUAUCUACGAAGGCUUGUCAUAAGAUUGAACGUUUAAGCGUAAAAAAAUUUCAAGAUACACGCUAUCUUAAGUAAUAUUUAUAAUAAUAUUGAAUACAAUAUAAUUAAGCAUUAUUUAUUUAACAUAGAAUCGGUAAAAGUAGAAUUUUAUUAAGUGAAAUAUACUUCCAUUCGCCCACAUCACAUUUAUUUUAAAAGUGUCAGAAAUUUAUGUAGUUAACGAUUUUUUAAAUCGUAAUUCUUUUAUUUUACUAAAUUUUACUAAAUUACUAGUUACUAAAAUUUCUUUUAGAUUCUCACAUUCGUCUCGCUCACGUACAUAACAUUUAGGUAUUGGAUCUUCUCAAUGGGCAUGACGAUCUACGAUCGAAUUCGAAAUCGCUUCAGUCCGACGGGAGCCCGAGAUUACGCAAUUCGCGUAUGUUGUUAAUUUAGAUUUACGCGAGUUGUGUGUGUAAGCACGUGUGUAAGCUCGCUUAGAGAGAGAACAGGGAAUGAAUGUAAUUUAUUUUAAUAUUUGAGAGCAGUAUUAGAGAUCGCGAUCUUUGGCAAAUCCUUCUAGUAAAUCCUUCUAGUAAAUCCUUUUUCUAGCUGUGGCUAACAAACGUUAUUUAAAUGUAUUUAAUUUUAUUCAAUAUAUUAGUGGCAUUUUUAAAAAGCAAGAGAGUGAGAAAAAAAAUAUUUUAAAAUAUUUAUGUAAAGUCGUCAAACAAUGAUCAAACAAUUGUCAAACAAUGGUCAAACAAUUCCGAAUAAAUAUCAUUAGCAACUGUAUUUAUCUUUCGUUAAUUGAUCGUUUAGUGUGCAUCAGUUUUUAUUAAGAAUAGUAUUUAUAUAUUAUUAAGUGUGAGGUAUACAUUUCUCUUUUGGCCUGUUAUCAAAAUUCUGGUAUGUGUCACGUGUACUUAAGGUCUGUCGCGAUUAGUGUUAGAAAAUUAGCACCGGUGAAUCUCGUGAGAGCGUUCGAUUUCUUAUGAUUAUUAAACAACCAUCGUUAUCCCUCGCCGCCAGUGGUGUACAUAGACGUGUAGGGAGACUCGACACCGUCACGACACCUUAUAGACGAGAUGAGACUGACUUUUUAUAGGGGACAAAUUUUAAGCGAGUACGUUGGAGCCGCGCGUGACGUAUAUUUAGCUAAAAAGGAAACAAUAACUCGAGCUGUACUUGCGAGCUGACAGCGCAAACUGUCUAUGAAAAUCUGUGAUUUGUACAAAGGAGAAUAAACGAGAGGUCGGUGAUCAAUCACAUUUUAGAAAGACAAAGGGAAAGGAAAACGUCGUAUUUUACAUUAUACCUAAGUGCAACGAUUAAAGCAAUUUUCAAGAAAGAUACAAGUAGAACCAGUCGCUCUACUGAUAAAACAUUAACGUCACAUUUUGCAAAAUCUUAACUUGACAUCUAUUUAUUUAUAAAAAAAAAAAAACAGAAUCUGUUGCUUCUAUGUUAGAUAUUAUUUAGUAACAUUCUAAAAGUUACCUGAAUGUAAUUACUAUUAUUGCAAUAAUUAUUAUAUUACUAUUAUUAUUACACUACUAUCAUCAUCGUCAUUACAGUUAAGCAGUGUAUAACUAGACAAAUCGAUCUGCAGGCCAAGUAACAUAAUUUAUUUAUCGCAUUAAUAUAACUAUCAUUCUGCAGGAGAAGUAUGUGUAUGUGCAAAUUGCCGAAAUUUAUUUAUGUAAUCAUUGACGAGAACGUUAUGCAUUAACGUUUAAAUAUCGAAGUAGCGAAACGUGCUUGAUUUGCAGAGAAUCGACUACAAAAUUUGUAACGUAAAUAAUGUGCAAAUGAUGACACACGAUGAACGACAUUCGUUGCAGAAUUGGGACAACACGUACAUUACCGCAAUUUAUAAAUUUGUGCAUAGAAGAAAAAAGAAACAUUUAACGAGGAUUGGAAUAAAUUUUAACAAGGAAACAGCAAUUAACACUUCACUAUGUGCAUUGUGAUGUCGUCAAUGGAUGUGUACCAAAAGAUUGAAUAAAAAAAUACUGUCCGCUGGGAAGAGGAUUCUUUACAGCGAAUAUUUUAUGAAACUUA